AUGCCCAAGACCGGUUACACAAGUCCAGAACGGCCCCGCUCUUCCCGGCGACUACCUUGCUUGCUCCCGUCCAGACUCGGGCCUUCGCGCCCUGUUCCUCCACUCCCCCGCAUUGCAAGCAAGUUCGCUUUCAACAUCGGCCGGUCGGCACUGUUCCCCAUGGCUGCCGAUCGCCAACAUCCGUUCACGCAGCUUGACUGCACAUGGAUCGAUGUGUCGCAUAUGCAAUUUCAGGCCCCCUCGGCAUCGGGGGACAAAUUGAUCUCUUUGGAGAUACAACAAGCGACUUCCGAUGACCGGUCCCAUCUCAUCCCCCAUCAGUCAGCUAUCAUCUCCGAGCAACAACAACAACAACAACAACAACAACAACAACAACAACAACAACAACAACUCUACAGGUCAUCUAAUAAACUUGUCAAUAAGUAA